UUAGGGACCCUGCAAGAGCGUUGUGUGUUCUUGUUUUUCGCUUUUCAAUCAGGUAGGUAAAAUCGCCACGCUCCCCGAGCGUCUCGACGCUCUUUGUGUUAAGUGUGAUCAGACAGCGAAACGAAACACACCGACCGUUGUCAGGUGCCUGGAACCACACCGACGCAGAUCACAGUGCAACCACCAGGUUUUCAACAGCCUUUAACAUUCGUAUCACCACCUUCGAUCUUUAAUCAGUGAUGGUGCAGUCGUACUUUGAUGUAAACCCGGGUAGCGUUACUGAUUGUACUCGAAGUGUCUUCAUUGUGAUGGCGCAUCUGGUGGGUGUGUCUCUGGUGUGACUGAUAGCGUGCGCUAAAGGAAUGGACUACAGUGAGGAAAAGAACGAGUAGAGACCACACCCCCAAACAUCAUGACGCUCAACCCAUCCUGAAUCGCACACACGUCACACAAUCACACAAACGAACUUCCUCGCCAUGGGCUCUGUGUACCUGUGGAAGUUGUCCUCCCAAAAGCUGGGAUUCUUCUUGGUGAGUUUCGGCUUCAUUUGGGGGAUGAUGCUGCUUCAUUUCACCAUCCAGCAGAGAGCGACGCACGAAAGCAGCGCUCAACUACGUACGCAAAUAUUGGACCUCAGUAAGCGAUAUAUCAAAGCCCUUGCGGAGGAGAACCAGAGUGUGAUGGAUGGACCCUACGUAGGCACCAUGACUGCAUACGAUCUGAAGAAGACUCUAGCUGUUCUUCUGGAUAAUAUAAUGCAGAGGCUAUCAAAGCUGGAGUCUAAAGUGGACAAUAUCAUGUACAACGGCACCAGUACCAACCUGACCAAUGGAACUGGGACCCCUGGACCGAACCCCAUCAACCCAGAAAAAGUCAAUGUGGCAGACUUGCUGAACGGAGCACAGGAGAAAUGCGAACUACCCUCGCUUGACGGCUUCCCGCAUUGUGAAGGGAAGUUGAACUGGAUGAAGGACAUGUGGCGUUCGGACCCCUGCUACGGCAACUACGGCGUGGACGGAUCCACCUGUUCGUUCUUCAUUUAUCUGAGUGAGGUUGAGAACUGGUGCCCUCGCCUGCCGUGGAGGAUCAAGAAUAAUGCUGAUGAAGCCGACAAGAAAACACAGAAGGAGAUCCGCACCAGUUUCGAGGAGCUGUAUCGCGUGAUGUCGCGGCGCGAGGAGUUUCGCUGGAUGAUGCUGCGGAUCAAGCGCAUGGAGGAGCCGUGGGUCAGCGCCGUCCGCUCCCUCGCCGACAAACAAAACCUCAGCAGCCACAAGCGCAAAAAGAUCCUGGUGCACCUGGGGCUCCUGACGAAGGAGUCUGGUUUUAAGAUCGCGGAGAACGCGUUCAGCGGAGGUCCUCUGGGCGAGCUGGUCCAGUGGAGUGACCUGAUCACCACGCUGUAUCUGCUGGGACACGACAUCCGCAUCUCAGCGUCGCUCGCCGAGCUCAAGGAGAUCAUGAAGAAGGUCAUGGGGAACAAGUCCAGCUGCCCCACCAAGGGUGAUAAAGUCGUGGAGCUCAUCUAUAUAGACAUCGUGGGUCUGGCUCAGUUCAAGAAGACGCUGGGCCCGUCCUGGGUCCAUUAUCAGUGCAUGCUGAGGGUCUUAGACUCGUUUGGGACGGAGCCCGAGUUUAACCACGCCCACUACGCCCAGUCGAAAGGUCACAAAACUCCGUGGGGCAAGUGGAACCUGAACCCCCAGCAGUUCAACACCAUGUUUCCCCACACUCCAGACAAUAGUUUCCUGGGCUUUGUUGUCGAGCAGCACCUGAACGCCAGCGACGUCAGACACAUCGACGACAUCAAACGACAAAACCAGUCGCUGGUGUACGGCAAGGUGGACAACUUCUGGAAGGAUAAAAAGAAAUACCUGGACAUCAUUCAUUCGUACAUGGAAGUGCACGGCACGGUCCACGGCACGAGUACGGUCCACCUGCCGGCCUACGUGAAGAACCACGGCAUCCUCAGCGGACGCGACCUCCAGUUCCUCCUGCGGGAGACCAAGCUUUUUGUCGGACUGUCCUUCCCGUACGAGGGCCCCGCCCCUCUGGAGGCCAUAGCCAAUGGCUGCACGUUCCUCAACCCGCGGUUCGACCCGCCUAAAAGCAGCAAAAACACCGAUUUCUUCAAGGGCAAGCCCACACUCCGAGAGCUGACCUCCCAGCACCCUUAUGCUGAGGUUUACAUCGGGCGGCCGCAUGUCUGGACCGUCAACAUAGAUGAUCCAGCAGAGGUGGAGAACGCCAUUAAAACCAUCCUCAGUCAGAAGAUCGAGCCGUAUCUCCCGUACGAGUUCACCUGUGAGGGGAUGUUACAGCGCGUCAACGCUUUCAUCGAGAACCAGGAUUUCUGUCAUGGUCAGGUGAUGUGGCCUCCUCUCAGCGCCAUGCAGGUCAAACUGGCUCCGGCUGGUAAAUCCUGCAAGCAGGUGUGUCAGGAAGAGCAGCUGAUCUGUGAACCCUCUUUCUUCCAGCAUCUCAAUAAAGACAAGGAUCUGUUCAGGUAUGGUGUGGAGUGUAAGACGGUGGAGUCCAGCAGUGAUAUCGUCGUCCCCGCCUUCAGCGAAUCGGAAGGGCAUUGUGUGUUCCAGUCAGACCUGCUACUGUUCAGCUGCGCCGGGGCCCAUCAGUCCCUCACACGCAUCUGUCCCUGCAGAGACUACAUGAAAGGACAGGUGGCGCUGUGCAAGGACUGCUUAUAACACACACACACGCACCACACACACUUCAGCAACCCCAUACGACCAACCCGGCGGUUUGUCACCCGCUGUACUGGACGGGACCGGACUAUUACACAGUGCAAUACUGACAGAGCCAGUGUUGUAAUGUGCGGAAAUUCGAUUAAAGAUUUCAGAGGAAUUCAACUCUCGUUUUAUUCCCAUAAACUCAAAAAAAGAAAGAAAUGGAAAAGCUGGAGUGCGGCAGCUCUCGGCUCUUGGCCGAAAAAAACGAAUGAUGGAAAGAGGAAAAAAAGUAUUUAUUUUGCUGGAAUUUAUUUUAUUUCAUUUUUAUUUUUUUCACACAAACUUGAACUAGUUUCAGGCUGACAUACUUGAAGUGGAUUCUAGGGAAUCAGAACUGUACACUGCCCCCUGCUGGCAUGGAGGAAACACUGAUGUGACGUUUAUUAGCCCAGUUCUUCAUUCUACUGUUUUUGUUUUUUUUCUUCUCUCGCUAAGGUGACUUUCAUCAUUGGACCAAGUCUGGUGACUGACUCUGAAAAUCAUCUUUUGACCAUUUUGAGGACUCAAACUGAGUGCGUGUUUAUUAGUGUGCGAAUGCACUUGCUAUUGGGGAAAUUUCCCCAGUUUUACACUGUAACUGGACUUUCCGUGUACUGGCUCCGUGAUAUGACGCGUUCACAUGUAAAUAACAGAUGCUAAAACGUAAACACAAGGAAAUCUUUUGUUUUUCUGCACGGUAGUUUACUUAUUAACAGCAGAUGCUAACACUGCGAAUUUUCGGUGUUAGUCACGAUCCACGUUAAAUAUCGCAGUACUACUAACUAGUCAACUGCCAGAUGAGAUGUUUUAGUGAAAUCCACACGUCGCAAACCAGCCAGUAUGAAGUAGGGCGCAAACCAACUGACCAAACUAAAUGUUAAACUAGACUGAAUUCAACUAAAUUGGGACGUACUUUGCUGUCGCGUAAAUUUGCUAAAUAUUGCCCAGUUUACCUGAAUGAACAUUAUAUCACAGCUUUCAGAUGAUCUGUAUGUGUAUAAAGUAAAAACCAAUACGAUCAUAGAUAUUUCUGUAAAAUUAUCUUUAUUUGUAUAAAAAAAGAAAUCUAUAUCUGUAUAAAAACUAAUUGUACAUUACUAGGAUGAACUACUUUAUUUUGUGUUAAAAACGCAGAUUGGCCUUUGUUUCAUUUCAUUUUAUUUUGCGCGAUAUUUUUGAAUUUGCCUGCUUAAUAUCGUAAAAUGUCAAAAUUAGAAUUGUUUAGAGUUUUGGAAUGAAACUGCACUAUAGCGAAGAUUUGUCAGAUAUUACAACACUGUACAAUAACGUUUUUUACAUUUAUUUUGUAUACAGACCUUUAUCUCUGCCUGUUGAUUUCUACGUGUCUAUUUAUAGAAGAGAAGUUUCUUUAUAGAGGGAAAUAUUAUUUAUCAGACUAAUUUAAGUAUACGUGCAUAUGCUUGUCCAGAGUACUGUCUGAAAAAACUAAAAAAUAUAUAUAUAUAUAUAUGCGGCAGAA